AGGGAAGGGGCUGGCCCCAGCGGAAGGGGCAGGGUGACGGGAAGGGCGUGGCCUAUAAAUGAAGGGCGUUCUGGGCCAACCGGGAUUGCUGUCUGCUCGGGAGGCGGAGCUAGGCUGUGUGAUAGACGCUGAGGCCCAACCAGGGAGAGGCGGGGCCAAGUCCGGGCCUCACUAAACCUGAGACUAGUGGACGAAGGGCUUCGUCCCAGCUGAGGAGCGAGGAGUCGCAGGCGGUCGCUGAUCUCACAGCGGUUCGGGGUUUUUAGAACUUCAACAAAAAAUAAUGGGCAGAAUUUUCCUUGAUCACAUCGGGGGUACCCGUCUGUUUUCUUGUGCAAACUGCGACACAAUCCUGACCAACCGCUCAGAACUCAUCUCCACUCGGUUCACAGGCGCCACUGGCAGAGCAUUUCUCUUUAACAAGGUAGUUAACCUGCAGUACAGUGAAGUUCAAGACCGGGUCAUGCUCACUGGCCGCCACAUGGUUCGAGAUGUGAGCUGCAAAAACUGCAAUAGCAAACUGGGAUGGAUCUAUGAGUUUGCCACUGAAGACAGCCAGCGUUAUAAGGAAGGUCGCGUGAUCCUGGAACGUGCUCUAGUUCGAGAGAGUGAGGGCUUUGAGGAGCAUGUACCAUCUGAUAACUCUUGAAGAAAAAGAGAUAACUCCGUCUUUUCCCAGGUCUCCUUCACUGAAAACAAAAAUCUACUUACAUACACUGUCACCUUAGCAUCAGAGUCGGAUUCAUGAACUGUGGAACAAGAGGUUGUGAGAACUAAGAUGGAACCUUUUUUUCUUUCUUUCUUUUUUUUAAUUUUCUACUUUCCAUCCGACAGCAGUGUAGAGAGAAUAUUAUGCAGAUGCUGUUAAUUUUUUUCCCCUAUGUUUACAUCUUGAGGCAGAAUAAUACAUCUGCAACUACUAGGUGAGCUGUGUGAAGAAAAAAAUCUGGGCUGUUAGAGUAAAAGUGUGUUUUAUGUAAAUUUUGAAAGGAAAAUGUGUCAAGAGCAUGGUUUUUAAACUUAGUUGGGCUUUAUUUUAAAACUUUGUUUUUUAAACCCAGUUACUUCACUUGAUUUGCUAGCUUCAGAGAAGAAAUCCGAAUUCGUGACCAGUGCGCUCAAGGUUCAGUGUUAGUAUGGCUUGUGCUGGCCAUUGUGCCAUAUUCUUGUUGGAGAUGAACCGUAGCAACAGAGCCCAUUCUUCCUGUCAGUCUUGACCCAAAGAAGUCACCAUUCCUAGUUAUUUGUCACCAUGUAACUGGUGUCGAUUGGAAACUUACCUGAAAUGGGCAAAACUGCUUGGUUGUUUUUUCCAUGUAACUUAAACAUAGUAAUAUAAAUAAAGUAAUAGUUGGAUGUUUUCGUCCUGUGUUGCUUGUAAAAACACCUUUUAAAAGAGCAGAAUAUUUGAUAAGUGAUUUUCAUAGUAGUGUUUCUCAUCUCUUAAGCUAAAUUGACUGUACAAGAUACUACUUUAUUUAUAUUAAAGCAUACUGUUUAAACCCACAGUAUUGCAUUUAGAAAACAGUUGAACAGAAGGUCAGUGUUCAUUCAUGUAGAAGGCAUUUCAUCUGCAUCUGUUUUAAAAGAAGGAGGGAAAUGAAGCAGCUGAUGUAAAAAUACUGCUUUGCAGAAUAGUAAAGCCUAUCCUCAGUUUUGCAUUGAUUUUGACAAGUCUGGAGCCUAGUAAUUUCAUCAAAGGACUACAUCUCUAAUUAGCAUUUUCUCAGAUCUUCCCUCAGAAGUUCAGCUAUUAAAGUCAAAAUUUUACUUGGUCCCUUUAAGUGGAAAGGAAUCAAAUUUGACUCAGGGUGUGUUAUUUUAGCUCCAAAUCUACAUUAUGAAGUAAUUAAAAUGUGAAUUGUCUUUAUCCAAACUACUGCUAGAUAUUCUAGUUACUUAUUUCUAGUGGAAUAAAUGACAUUAAAAUUUACUAAUUAUUUAAAUGAAUGAAUGAAUGUUGGCUCAAUUUCUAGGUCUUUGUCUAGAAAGGAAAUUUAGGAAAAUCUGUCAUUGGUAUUAGAUGUGACUGAGUACAUUUAAGGUUAGGUUUACUUGCCCUUAGGCUCUUGCUUAGAGGCAUAGGUCUCUGAUUAAGUAGGUGUGUACUACUACAUUUGAGAUAAAUGAAGAAAAAAUCGCUCCACCGUGGAAUAAAUCUUCAAACACUAUGAAACAGCAUUCAUUCCUAUUCAUUUCCAUACUGGCCUUUGAUUACAUGCAGAUUCCUGUUAGCAUGCCUUACCUAUAGCACUAUGUGCACUUGCUGUCACAAUAAAGUAUAUUUUGUCUUGCA